AUGGUAUUCAACGCCGUUGUGUACUAUGGUAACCCUAAUGGUCAACUCUACAUCUACAUUACAGCCCCACAGCAAGUACCAUACCGUGAGCUUCCAGUUCCAAUCAUGGCAGCAAAUCAAGCCCCAGCGCUACAUCGAAGCGCGCGAUUGGCUCGCCGUCCAAGGUCGUCGUCAUCAACUACUCUGAUACGUUCUGAUACUGCGCGUGGGCGGGCAACUCGAUCUUAA